UAUUGUUUCUACGCGUGUCACAACAAGAAACUCUCUGUUUUCCAAUUAAAACAUAUAUAGAGAUGGUGAGGUGCACAUUUAACCCACCUGAGGAAGAGCUCAUAAACUAUUAUCUGAAUAACAAGAUCACUGAAAAAGAUGAUCUAGACGGGAAACAAAUAAACGAAGUCAAUAUCUGCCACUAUGAACCUGCAGACUUACCUGGGCUGGCGAAGAUAGAAUCGAGUCACACUUGGUACUUCAUAUCGCCGGUGGAGAAGUUUGGGAGGCUUAACCGGACGAAGAGGGCUUCGAGGUCAGGGCACUGGAAGAUAACCGGGAAUAGUCGCACGGUUAAGGACGUUGAUGGCAACCCUAUAGGUUUGAAGAAGUUUCUUGUUUUCCAAGAAAACAAAAGAUCUUCUACUUGUUCGUCAUCCACCACUAACACCCAACAACACAAGGCCAAUUGGAUCAUCCAUGAAUUUCAUUCCUUUCUCCACCACCCCAACCAGGACGCCUAUGUUCUCUGCAAACUAAAGAAAAACACAAGAACUAGACGGACCGCCGCCGUCGCAGAUGCUUCCCUAGCGAUGAUAGAUCUGUCUCUCACUUCUGACCCUGUCGUCCUUAAUCACUCCCAGGUGAUGAUGGGGAACAAGAACAUUGUCGAAGAUAAUGGCGGAGAUUAUUGUAAUGACUUAGAAGAGCUUCUCCCAGAAUUUCACACCACUAAUUGGUUUGAUUACUCUCAGUUCGAUCACUUUCUUGAGGGAAGUUUUAUCAAUAUAACACAGCCAAUAAUAUUGGAAGGAGGCGAAUCCAGCGGUCUCCCUUCCGGAGAAAACGGCCACGUGUACGGACCAAACACCAGGGAAAACUCCAAUCAUUUGGGAGAAUGUUGUGAAGUGGUAGAAGAGGUGGCCCAGGGCAUGUCUCCCACCAGACGCAACAACCAAAUCUAAUUUUGCCCACCGGUUUGGCUCACGUGGACGCAUAAGAUCACGCGCCGCUCUUUCUACUUUUCAACAAUAUGCUCAGUUUCCAACUACUUGAAGUAUCUUUACAAGUUUCCUCUAUUAUAUUGUACUAUUUGCUUUCUUCGUACCAUGUAUGUAUGUAGUUCACGGCCUCCCAUGAUUUAUUUAAAGAUAAAUCUAAAAGUGGUAGGCGCAUUUGUAUGAUACGGCCA